UAAUGUAAUCAAAAACACCAGAUUAAAAACAACGACGGCAGAGAGAAGAAGAACGCUGCCAGUGUCAACCAAAGAAAAUCGCUUCCCUGGGAAUAAAACAAAGAUUUUUAAAUUUAUGACUUGAACAAGAUAUCAUCCCGACACAGCUGGCAAGAAUAGCAUUUGUUAACAAAUUUCUGACUUUGAGGAGAGGAAAAAGGCAAUCACUUAGGCCUUCACAUGGUUCUUGUUUUUCUGUGACUUUUAAAUGGAUUAGCCCAACCGGAUUAAAACGUUUGUUGAUGUAUUCGCCUCCCUGGGAGAAAUUUGAAAAGAGAAUCGUUUCUGAUCGUUUAUUGCAUGCAGGAUAUCAGCGAUACACGAAAGACUAGAUGUACAGUUGCCAUGUGGUUUGCUAGGCUGUCGAUUAAUGGAUUUUAGAUGGAAAAAGUUAUUCCUGUCCAUCUUUCCUGGAUUUGCAGAGAAAUCCUUGUACAGCAAACGUAGCUUCCAUCAGUUAAUUGGCUAACGUUUUGAAGUGCUGAAAAUUAUCAUGAUAAAAACAAUUCAGUGAUUUAUGAUUCGAUCCCGACGUCGUGUUAAAAAUCAUUGCGGUAGUGGCUUCGGGGCGAUCAACGAAAUCAUACGAUUUCAAAAGUUCACACGCCGAAUAAGAUCAAAAGAGACGUCUUGUUUACGACGAUUUUUAAAUGAGAAAUAAGCAUUUUAUUCUUGAUGAAUUGUAAAACAGAGAUGACGUUUAACUAGUUUACAGGAGAUUUUGCACGACAGUGGCCAUAACAACAAUUCAAAAAAUGACGCUGGUAAGAUCUAGAAAUGGUGGAGUUAAUCGACAUUCGGUCAUCUUUUCAAGAGGCUUGCGAAAUGAUCCUGGGGAAAACAACUGUUUUAUGAACUCUGCAGUACAGGUUUUGUGGCAUCUGGAUGUUUUCAGGAGAAGUUUCAGGUUACUAGAGGGUCAUGCUUGCCUGGAGGAAUGCUGCAUAUUUUGUGCCCUAAAGGAAAUCUUUGGUAAAUUCCAAGAUAGUGAUGAAGGUGCACUUCCUCCUGAUGUACUUAGAAAUGCAAUGGCCAAGGCUUUCCAGGAUCAGCGCAAAUUUCAGAUUGGUAGAAUGGGUGAUGCAGCUGAGUGCUUUGAAAAUAUUUUGCGACGACUUCAUGAUCACAUCACAUUUGGUGGACCCGAAGACAUUUGCAAUGCAAAAUACUGCAUACCACAUCAGAAGUUUUCAAUGCAGAUAGUUGAACAGACUUUCUGUGAAUGUGGUGCAACAUCAGAACCCUUCAAUUACUUUGAAACAGUGAACUAUGUGGCAGCUUCUGCCCUCAUAGAGGAAGCCAAGCAGCCACAAAGAAAUGGAUACAAGCCUUAUACAUCGUUUGCGGAGCUAUUGAAAGCUACAUUAGCGCAUGGCGGAGGCAGACAAUGCCCGGAUGACGAAAAAUGUGGCCAUAAAGAUAGAGAAUCACCUACCACGAAGAUGCAUCGAACACUUUUAAACUGCCCAGACAUUGUUUGCAUUGGAAUCAGCUGGAAUACCGACCGGCCAUCUUCUGAAUAUGUCAUGGAUCUGCUGGACUGCCUUGGAAGGAAAUUAGAAAUCCGCGAUCUUUUCGACAGCCUUAGCGAUGACCAUGCAAAGAAGAUGAAGUUGAAACUUUUUGGUAUUAUGACUUAUUACGGGAAACAUUAUACGACGUUUGUUUACAACACACGGCAAGAAACGUGGCUUUAUUUUGAUGAUGCAACCGUACAGGAGAUUGGCAAAGAUUGGAAUAUGGUAAAGGACCGUUGUAGACGAGGGAAACAUCAGCCGUUGUUAGUAUUCUAUGUGAAUCAGGAAGGGGAAACAAUCAAAGCGAAUAAAGCUCCGAGAAAAACGGAGAUAAUGAGCAAAGAGGAUCUAAUUGCUUCGCGGAAUAAUAAUGAAAAGGAGCACCAACGCAGGCUUGAUAAAAAAGCUUCUAAACGAAAAGGAAAGAAAAAGGACAGAGAUGAUGAAGAUAGAAAUCCACCUAGUAGGCGAAAAUCACUAAAAAAAAUUGUUAGUUCAGCAUUCAAGAAGGAUCGGUCAAGCAAAGAGACAGCUAGUGGGUCUUCGUCUAGCAAGAGUCGCCAGCCUUUUAAUGGAGACCACGUCUUGUCUGUGAAUGGCCAUGAUUCAUCAAUGGGUGUCAUUGGACCAUAUUUAGAAAUUAAUGGCUACGUAACAGAAAACAGAUCAGCCGAAUUAGAGAAUGAGACGAGGAAAAGUCCGGUUUAUUCAAAGGAACGGGCUCAAAGCGAAACAUCACCACUUUCAAAGGAUGAGGAGUCAGUGUUUAGGUACGAUUCUCCCAAAAAAGUUGAUGGAAGAAGCUCCGAGGCUCAUCGACUGCAAAAACAUCAGGCACAUUUGAAAAGCUUGGAGACAAGUAUAGAUUACUCUGGAUCAGAGGAGGAUAUUUUGGACAGCAAGAGGCAACGACAUCGCCGCUCAAAGAGUCAGCAGUUACCCAUUGAAGAUGUUGACAGAGAAAAGGAAAGCAGCCGUUUUAUUGCUGUACCAAAGAACACUGUUGAGAAUGGAAGGCGACAAACAUCAGGAAAAAUCCACGAGCAAGAGCAUACAAGCAAGCACCAAGCUCAACGUCGAUAUAUUGAUAACGGGGAUGCCUAUGCCGAUGAUGUCAGCGAUGCAGACCGCCUCGUUAUCUGUUCCAUUUCAGCGGAACAAGAAGGCAAUCUUUACGAGUCCUAUCGUUUAUGUACCGAGGCUAAAGCUCUUUACCGAAAUGCAAUGGAUCUCGAUGGGAUCACUGAGAAGAUGCGAGGACACGCGGAUAAAAAACGAUGGGAGACAAAUAAUCGACUAAGGUUGCUCAAUGAGAAAAUAUCAGAGCUCCGGCGAAGAGGUACAAAGUCAGCUGAUUAUGAUCGUCAAGUGUCCAAGACCUCAGAUUAUGGAAGUUUGUCAGAUGCAUCUGGAAGUCCGCUUGGACAAAGUCAGAAUGGAGCUCCGUCGUGUCAAAAAAUUUUAAAGGAAGCUCCGACAGGAAGCCAGGUGUAUCCGGUUGUUGAAAAAGGAGGCAUUCAAGCAAAAUUAAACAAAGAGCGUAACAGACUUGACACAUCAAAGGGGAGGGAUGAUCCUACCAAGUCAAUUUUCUUCACCCUACCUCGCAAAAAGAAAUCAAAUCAAGAAAAGAAGACGUCUGCUCAGGAGCCUCCAACGCAGUCAGAGAUCGACCAGUUAUCCGAUCUGCUCACAAAUCUUAAAACGUUUGACCACCCAGAUCAUAGACGAGGAAGCUCGGAUUUUGAGAAGAACCGUAUACAGCAUCGAAGUGAGCCUUAUCUAGCAUCAAGCAGCAAUACGUCACCCAAUGGCAGUGCAAACCGAUUCAAGAUGGAGCCUAUUGGUGAUACCAGAAAAGCAAUGGUGAGAAGUGUUGAUGGAAAUCCCUCCUAUCUCAGUAAGGCAAUGCCUGCAAAUUUAAGUAUGGCCAUCAGUCAAAAUUCAAAUGGAUUCAGUGUUUCUGAAGUUGGUCGUCCAGAUGCAUCAAGGGUACAGGAACUAAGCAAUGAGCCACGAACUAUCUCAAGAAAUCACCAAGUAGUCACUGCUAAGUCUGAACGACGUCCAGAAAGCCCUUCAGCUGGUUACCAAAUGAAUGGCGAUGUUGGGAGUCCAAAGACUAAAUUUCGAAAUGAGAAAACCUCUUCAGGCUCAACUGAUGCUGGUUACCAAACGUUGCAAAAGUCUCCACAAUACGGUCGGAAACCUAGGUCCGAAACUGGAUUAUCCGGAAUGAGUAAUGAAUCUGAAAACAUAGUCUCUAGCAAUAGAAAGUUUUCCAAAAAUGAAAAUGGAGAUGGUGCUACCACCUCUUCAAUAGAACCCUUUGAAGAGCAAAAUGAAUGUAAUAGGAAGGAGAUAAAUGGGAAGCCUGUAGAGCGUAAGAAGUCGAUUUUAAAAGUUAUUGUCCCGAAAAUCAUGAGUAUUGAACGCGUUCGGUCUGUCAAGAAAGCUAAAAAAGCCCCGGACACUAGGGAGGAGGAAUAUCGCGCAAUGAUGAAAGCACAAACACACGUGACCUCAGAAGAGAACGGUCUAUCAGAACAACUAGGUACAAAAUCAAAAUCUACCACCUCACGGGAACUGGGCUCUCCUUCACAAUUGAAAGAUGAGGUGAGAAAGAGGUCUACGCCAGGCCUCGAUUUCAAUCUCCACGAGAGAAGCAUCGAUAGUCUUGAGUGCUCCGAAAGUGCUAGAAAAGAAGUAUAUGCUGUUACAAAAGCCGUCACGGAGGAAAUUCUAUUUUCAAGUAUGGGUAAAAGACGAAUAUCAAGGGAUAACGACGUGCCCAAAGAGUCAGCUGCUUCUAAUGACUUUUCUUCUGUGAAACAAACCAAAAGUCAGCAUUCUACAAGCCCAGGAAAUGAUCGCAGUCAAGUGAUAGUGAAUGGAAAGGAUCAAAGUCGGAUAACCCAGAAGGGACCGCGAAUGGUCGGCAGCCCCCCUGCGAGUCAGCCCCACAGCUUUGUAGAAAGGUUUGCUGUUAGUGACAAGAAACCGGUGGCAAUGUCUUCUAAUGCUAGCGCUUACUUCAGAAACGCUGUUUCGCAGACAAACAUUGUACAAAGAGAUGUUAAAGAACUUGAGAGUAACGUGAAGGACUACAAUGAAGGACCUGCUUCAGAAGGAAAAGAUUCAGGAACGGUCAAAAAAGUACAACAAGCCGUCGAAUUCUUCUCCAAGUCACAACCUGAUAUAUCUGAAUACUCAAGCAAAGAGGGUAAACAACCACUGGAGCCACCACCAAGAAAGAACCCAAACGUAUAUCGCUCAAGUGAGUUAUAUAAACAUCGAGCUGAAAAACAGGUAUCUGCGUCACCAGAGAGAACAGUAAUCCCAAACCAGCACCCAGUUGUGGAUCAGCAAUCGUCAUCCGUGAAGGUUGACGCAGGGCGAGGGAAUGCAUCUAGAUGGGGAAUCAGUGUUGAUUUUGCAAAUAGUACACGGCAAAUGUGUCAGCAAUGUGGGACAGUAACAGUGGAAAAGCCAAGAAAGUUUUGCCGACAAUGCCAGUCAGAUUAUUUAUAAUCCUUAAGAGUUAACCAGAUAACGCCAGCAUAAUAGUGACCUAUUGACAAAAGCCAGCAUUGACUGCUCGGUAAACCUUACAUGAACUGGUUUUGAAUCGUUUACAAUUUUACGAUUACUUUGCCCAAUAUUCACUGUGUGGAGUUGAGUGUUUGGAAUAAAUCCCGUUUUUUACCGAGGCAGGUAUGUCUUGCCAUGUUCGAUGUUAGGGCUAUUUACGCAUUUUCAUUUCUAGUGACGGUCUAGUGAUUGGGAAUCUGCUGUUUUUUAUGAAAAAGAUUAAGGAAUUUACGCUAAAAAAACCUUUCACGACCAUGUUAUUGGGAGAAGCUGCUUAUAGAAAAAAAAAUCAAGAUUACGAUUUCAUCAAGCAGAAAGAAGAAACGGUCUUUUUAGGGGAAUUUGAUUCCCGAGCUGACAGUGUCCGAUUCAUGAUGAUGUAUUAAGCAUUAAUUUUUUAUAAGCUGUAUAUUUUGCUGCUUCUCAUUUCCACGUUUUCCCAGUCGUCAGAGUGCUCAGUAGAUCGUGUUAUCCAGCUUAAAAUUAAGAAUUCUACUGUUGAUCCCAUUAUCUGAAAGGGGUCCUUGUGUCACCGCUCAUUUUUAGAGCGUAAAAUUAACAGAUGUUUUGAAUUUCAAAUGUAGGAAGUAAAGAUUUUUUUAUAUUUAUAGACGAGAGAAUUCGAUUGUGAGUAUGCAACUUUGUUAAAUUACCUGUUUUUUACGUACUUAUGUAGUUGAUUAGUUUAUGCAGCCGUUGUAAUUGAGGUAUUCUAGGCUGCCAUGUUACGAGUAGCGCACGAUUCAAUGGUGUUCUCUGCGCUUCUUUGUAUACAUUUUCAUGGAUCGAUCAAAUCGAGGCUGAAUAAAAAUUGACCCAUUGCUGCAAGGGACAUUGGUUAACGUCAACUGCAGAAUGGAAAUGAUAAUAACAAGAUAAAAUAAGAGUUCCUUAUUUCAUCUUGAUAAUAAUUAUAAUUUGCUGUCUGGUCUCACUGAAAACGAAACUUUUUGUAAAAUUUCAAUCGCCAUUCAUGUCUAGGCAUUCAAACUUUGCUGCACCGAUCAGUAUUUGAUCCACAUCUGAAAAAAUGAAGAAGAGAGAAUAAACACUCCAUUGUUGAUUAACAUUUCAGCAACGAUGACCAACGAGACAGAAAUCCGCAAGCCAGCCACUUGUGUUGAGCACUUUCGAAUGUACAUUUCUCGAACCAUUUAGAAUGUAAUGAGUUUUGGGAGGGGAAGGGGGUUGUAGAAAUUUAAAUCAUUUUUAGUUAACCUUAUUGAAUGAGGAGGAUUCGUAUUAUAUCGCAAUUUUUCUUUUUAUUUUGAUUAAUUUUAGUGGUACGCUUCGUCGUUUAUUAUCAUAAAUGUAUCAGCUAAGUGCAAAGGUCUGUAGAUAUUGGUUUUCAUUAUUAAAUGUGCGAAAUAA